UUCAGGAGCAUUUGCGACAAAAACCUUUAUGAUUUGUUGCGUUGUGUUGUGCUUGGUUUUCUUUGUAUCCAACUGUAAAGUGGGAAAUUGCGGCUAGGUACUGGAGCUCACGGUGUUUCUGGUGGUUGCUCACGGGGCAAUACUCCAGCCCUAGCCAAUAGCCCUAGGCGGCUAAAUAGCUUACAUAAUUUCUCAGAUUUGAGAGAAUUUUGAAGUGAGUGAGGAUUCUCAGUUGCCAGGAAUUGGACUCCGCUGCUGUCGUUUUUAUUUUUUUUAUUUUUUUAUUUUUUUAUAUCUGUCAGACUUAUGGGUUAGAGUAGCUUUGAGGGACGUUUGGAAGCAAGAUGAUCCAUCAGUUCAUUAAUUUUGUCAUUCGCCCUCCCAGGGCAGAGUAUAACCCAGAUCAAUAUCUUUGGGAAAAGGAUUUCACGCUUGCAGGUAGAGCAUACAAACGACAAGACUUGGAGCUUACGAAUGCUAGGGGCCAUACCUUGCGUUGUAGUCAUUAUCUGCCUUCACCUUUCCCUGAAGAUGUUUCUCUUCCAUGUGUUAUAUACUGCCAUGGAAACAGUGGGUGUAGGGCAGAUGCAAAUGAAGCUGCCGUAAUGCUUCUUCCAUCAAAUAUCACCGUUUUUACUCUUGAUUUUUCGGGUUCAGGAUUAUCUGAUGGUGAUUAUGUCAGCCUUGGUUGGCAUGAGAGAGAUGACCUCAAGAUUGUGGUUUCAUAUUUAAGAAGCAAAAAGCAAAACUUGCGUAUAGGUCUUUGGGGGCGAUCGAUGGGCGCAGUCACAUGCCUACUUUAUGGAGCAGAAGACCCUUCCAUAGCCGGAAUGGUGUUGGAUAGUGCCUUUUCAAGCUUGUAUGUUCUAAUGAUGGAACUAGUUGAUGUAUACAAGAUUCGGCUUCCUAAAUUUACAGUUAAGAUGGCAGUACAAUAUAUGCGUCGGAUAAUUGAGAAGAAGGCAAAGUUUGAUAUCAUGGAUCUUAAUUGCUUGCAGGUUGCACCCAAAACAUUCAUUCCUGCUUUAUUUGGACAUGCUAAGGAUGACAAAUUCAUCCAAACCCAUCAUUCUGACAUCAUCUACAAGUCUUAUGCGGGGGACAAAAAUAUUAUACAUUUCGAUGGUGAUCACAACUCUUCUCGGCCACAGUUUUAUUAUGAUUCAGUUUCCAUUUUCUUCUAUAAUGUUCUUCAUCCCCCACAAACGUCUUGUCAUUCAUGUAAGCUUGAGAAGUAUUAUGAUUUGGGGGAUUUGAAGAUUGGUGCUGGUUUGGAUGAGGGUUUGUUAUAUGAGAUAAUUACUGGAGUUCAUUCUGCGGGUACUGACGUGGCAAGUUCAUCUUCUGUUCCUCCUGCCAUUUCAACCACAAAAUGUGUUGGCGAACUUCUUUCUGAAAUUGCACCAGUGACGACUGCUGUUGAUUCUGUGCAUGAUGAAGCUGACACACUUAACAGUCACGAACCAUCACAUUUAGAGGAGCAGCCUAAUGAUGAGAAUGUAGAAUGUUGUUCAUAUACAAGCUCAAACAGGGAGAGUUGGGGCAGAUGCUCUUCAUUAGGAGGCAGUGAUGAAGAAUCUUCUGCUGCUGACAGCAGUCAUCAGAAGAACCUUAAGGUGUUUGCGAUGCCUCUUGGAUGCAUACAACAAAAAUCAUCAGAGCUAAGAAAAGAGGAAAAAAAGAAGAAGAAAGUUUCCAUUGCUCCAAAGAAGCCCAAGGGUGAGAAAUUUGAGAAGUUAGGGGCCCUUGGCAAACGACUGCGUCUUUGCAUCCUAAAGCGAGUAAAAAAUUAUAGAUGUGCCACUUAGUGACUGCUGUAGUAUAAAAAUGUUUGUAGCUGCAAAUGUUUUACCUUAUGUUGAUGUAUUCUUCAACCUUGUAUGGGUUGUUAAAUCCCUUUUUCUUUUUCUUGUUUAAAAUCAUUGAUUGGUGCUGUUCUUAUUU